AUGGAUUCUUUAAAAGAAAUCUCAAUGAAUCAAAAGAUAUCAAUAUCCAAUGUAUUGAAUAAAAAAAAUUUUGAUAUUGUUACAAAAAAUCGAUCAAGAAUAAUUAUAAUUAUUGAUGCUAUCAUUUGGUUAGGGAGGCAGGGCUUGGCGUUAAGAGCUCAUAGGAUAUCUCCUGGCCCCCUAACACUUACAUCCCCUUCUCACAAUGAAGGAAAUUUCAAGGAAUUAUUGAAAUUUUUAUGUAAUAAUAAUGACAACUACCUAAAGCUUUUUGAAAGCUCCUCUAAAAAUGCUACUUACCUAAGUCCCACUAUUCAAAAUGAAAUAAUAUCAAUAUGCAAUCAGUUUAUAUUAAAGGAAGUUUCUUCAAAAGUCAAAGCAUCACCAUUUUUUAGUGUUUUGGCGGAUGAAACUUCCGAUAUUGGUAAUAUUGAACAAUUAUCCAUAGCAAUAAGGUUUAUUGAUAUGGAAUCAGGUAAUUAUAAAAUGAAGAAACUAUUUGUUCAAUUUAUUGAAUUACCUGACACUAAGUCAGAAACGAUUGCUAAUCAAAUUAUUAAAUCACUUCAAAACCUGGAUUUAAAUUUAAAUCUACUGGGAGGCCAAGGGUACGAUGGAGCUCCCUCGAUGAGUGGCCAUGUUAAAGGGGUCCAGUCAAGAAUUAGAGAGCUUUAUAGCACAGCUCUUUAUGUUCAUUGCAGUUCACAUUGCCUGAAUUUGAUGAUAACUGAGGCAUGUGAAAUUAGAGACAUCUGGAACAGUUUACGUAAAAAGAUUUUGAUUUAA